AUGAACAGUUCCGGGUUGGCUCCGCAAUACAAGGCGCCAUCUGACGGAAGAAUGUCGGAAAAUACAGGCAGAGCCCUUCCCGCACCCUCGCCACGGGCACGUACCGUGGCCGAGAUUAGGGAAAGGUUGCUGCUAAAUCGGAGGGCAACCGAUGAGAAAAUAAGGUCGGCAAGGAUGUCUAGGGAUGCAUUGAGGACUCCAAUCGGAGUUCCGAGGAGUGCGCUCGAAAGCCCAUCACUAGGAAACUCUCCCCUAGCCCUAAAAUCUGAACGAGCUGGGUCGUUUUCCAAUAACUACUCUAACCCGGCCAUGUUUGGUUCGCCGAAUUUAGGCGCUGAGGAAUACCUUCUUGGAUUACCAUUAGGCACUGAUUCUUCCUCAAAUGGGGUCGCUCAGAGAGCUGCAUACAUUAGCGCAAUUACUGCGAAAUCUGAAAUGAUUGACAAAUUCCUAAAUCACCCGUUUCCCGCACCCGAGGAACUCGCUGGAGAGAUGGAUAAGUUGGUUGCUGAAUGCCGUUUGAUUGCCGUUCACCCCGACCUCCCUUACACGGAGAUCAAUCCAAGGGAUGUGGAUUUCGAGAAGGAGUCUAAAUCCUAUAUAGCCAUGAGCCCAAAGUUUUCGUUUCUGAAAAAGCUCUUUGACUUUAUAUCCGAGUUGUCUAUUAAGGUUGAAAUUGUGGCUAGCCCUGGCAGGACGAUUGUGAGUUUUGACUUUUGUUGGUAUUGCUGGCCUGGCUAACCUGGCUCAUAGGAUAUGCUCGAGAUAUUCUUUCGAGGCAUCAGAGUGCACUGCACACGUCGCGACAGACUUAGUCAACUCCCCCGGCUUCCAGCCAGUGAACAGAGAGGCUUUAGCAAAGUGGCACUGCUCCCAUCGGCCAAGAGCGGCGCGGUAGUGGUGAGUCUUGUUCUCUUGACAGAAGGUUCUGGUGAUACUAAGAUAUUUUAGGUGAGCGCGGAUUUGGUCAUCGCUAUGGAUUCGACCUUUGUUGCAGAUGUUCCAGAGGUAGUCCGUGUUCGAAAGAGCUUGUUUGUCGUGGGAAAGUUGGCCCCAGUUAUCCGCCUUGUUUCACUCAAUACACUGGAGCAUAUCGAGCUGUGCUAUAAAGACUCCGAGAGCCGGUACCCGGCGCUGUAUACAUAUAUUGAAACAACGAAGAACCUGCUACAUGAUACAGGAAUCUUGGCAGAUUCCUACAAACCGACGUUCGCCGCUGCAGUACCCAACACCGCCAAGUGGCUCUCGAAAACCCCAAUUGAAGGGGCCCCAAAGCUCGAAGGGUUCCCGUUGUUGCCAAUCGCCGCACGUUUGCCUCAAACCCAAAGCCCAGAAUUACACGAUAAGCGCAAGCGAGAGGUAUGUGUCUAUAUACAUAUCCUCUUAUCCGAUCUCCGUAGGGCAUGAAUGAUUUCCACUAAUCGAAUACAGGGUGAACCCUCUGCGGAGCAGUCCCCCGGACCGUCGCCACCAGCAACAAUACAAACCAAACGCUUGAGGAUAGCCGGCCCCAUUAAUUCUCCUACCACUUCCUCACCGAUCCAACAAGUGGGUACCGCCACUCCUUCCAAAGAUCAAAUUCCACUCCAACCCACUCCUCCGGCAGAAAUGGAGACUCAUUUACCUAGUUCUUCGAUGCAAAUUGACGGAGAUGCUGUUGGAGCAACUGGAGCCAUGGAUGACGAGCCUCCUAGAUCGUGGGUAUAUAUCACAGAGGAGGUGGUUGACAAAAUGGUGGGCGGAUUCUACUAUCCCUAGGGUUGCUCGGUUGCUCGGUUGCUGACUGUCGAAUAGGAACCGGCGGAUUUGAAGAAGACAUUGAAAGCAGGGAAGCAUGCGUUGCAAGAAUGGAAACACUUUGCACUCCUCACACAAGAAACCGUCAGGAAACAGAGAGAGAUUUUUACGGCUCUCCAGGCUGAGAAGGAUGGUUUGGUGAGGUCAUUGUCGAGAGCCGAAGCAAGAGAAAAGCGCCUAGACUCUGAGAUUUCGAAGCUGCGAGACGAUUUGAAGCAAGCAAAUUCAGACAUGCAGAGGGCCAAGGCAGAUUUGUCCUCAGCUGCUGAUCCGCUCCCAAUCAUAGGCCAGUUGCGUGAUGAGAAUGAGCAGUUGCGAAAGAAGCUAGAAUCGAUGGAUAGGCGGGAGAAGGUCAAGGAGGAAGAGUUCGAGUUCCUUCGCGAGCAAUACCAGAACGCAACCUCGCGUGGGGUAGAGUUAAGGAAGGACUUGGACCAGGCUCAGGCCGACAAUGUUGUCCUCCAAAGGAGGGCAGCGGCGACUGUCAAGGAAUUUCACCAGGCACACAUGUCCAGCCAGUUGGAUAAUUACAAGAGCGAGGUUGCCAGCCUGAAGUCAAAACUUGCUGAGAGAGAAACCCGACUUCUCCGGCUGGAGGAGCGCGCGAGUGGAAUCCCUGUUACUAGAGGGCGUGCACUUCCUGUGGACAGAGCAGCAGCCACUACUCCCACGGUUUCCCACCAACCCGAGCCUGUUUCCCAAGGUCCAACAACUCGAACUGAGAGAUCCACCAACCCACUUCCUUAAUCGAUGCUUACGUCUGCACCACACCCCGCCGCAUAUUUCACCUCCAUUUCAUUUGUUUUGGUUCGGGAAGUCUCAUUGUCUAGUGUAUUUUUCAUACAGGCGUACAUGGCUGGUAGAGAUGGGUCGUAAAUUCGCUUUCGCUCCCUUUCUUCUACUUUUGUAUCCUCUCACGAUGGGUUUCCUUUGAUGCCUCUUUCUUACCUCUCAUUUUCUUUUUCGGUGGCUACUCUUACUGGCGUCUGCGUACAUGGCAUUACAUUUUUCUUUACUUUUCCUCCCCGCACGAGUAUUGUACGAGGUGUUUGUACUAUACCAAUUUCUGUGGAGCGGUAGUAUUACUUUAGGGAUCUGUGCAUCAAAUUACCUGGUCUAGCUAGCUAUACUCGAGUAUAAUGAGAGAGCCUUUUUCACCUUCUUUCUUUCCUCUUUUCUCAACCCCCCCAAUCCCAGUAAUUAUUCCAUAGUAGGGUGUUCCUGUUUUCAGCUUGUCCCUUGGCCUACAAUUGCUCCUAUGGAAUCCAUCACAUUUCUCUUU